AUGUACGCGGAGUCGGAAACAAUGUCGUUUCAAGAGCAUGACGAUAGCAACAACGUCGACAGCAUUAUUGCAUCGACGAGACGUUCGGUAGCCGGGGGUGGCAAAAAGAAGAAGAGGACCGCUCAUUUCAAAAAACGCGGACAUCCAGCAUUCAAGAUCAUGUUCAUUGUGUUUGCUCUUCUGACACUUCUCUCUAUUAUUAUAGCGUGUCUAGCAACAAUCAUGAUGGUUAUGGGGUAA